UCAAAUCAAACAACAUGAGUGGAAGAGGCAAAACCGGAGGCAAAGCCAGAGCGAAGGCAAAGACCCGCUCCUCCCGUGCUGGGCUCCAGUUCCCGGUCGGUCGUGUUCACAGGCUGCUGCGCAAAGGAAACUAUGCGGAGCGUGUGGGUGCCGGUGCCCCCGUCUACCUGGCGGCUGUGCUGGAGUACCUGACCGCUGAGAUCCUGGAGUUGGCGGGAAACGCAGCCCGUGACAACAAGAAGACCCGUAUCAUCCCCCGCCACCUGCAGCUGGCUGUCCGCAACGACGAGGAGCUCAACAAGCUCCUGGGCGGAGUGACCAUCGCUCAGGGCGGCGUGCUGCCCAACAUCCAGGCUGUUCUUCUGCCCAAGAAGACCGAGAAGCCCGCCAAGAAGUAGAUCUGCUGGAAACACCAACACAAAGGCUCUUUUAAGAGCCACACACUCACCUCUC